AUGAAGGCCAUCAGGCGAUCUCUCAAAGGGGAAAAGGACCCCAAACCUCAUCACCACCACCAUCUUUCAAUCACUCCCAAGUCAGCCAUUGCGAUUCUGCCCCCCAAGAAGGUGAUCAAAGCUCUCUACGACUACCAACCAGAACCCGGGAACACGCAAGAAUUAGCGUUCAGCAAGGGCGACUUCUUCCACGUUAUCAGCAGGGAGGACGACUUGGACUGGUACGAAGCGUGCAAUCCUCUCAUCCCUAGUGCCAGGGGGUUGGUACCUGUCUCCUUUUUUGAGGUCAUCGGCAAGAACGAAAGAGAUAGUGGCGGGUCGGUCGAUCUUCAUAAGAAGAAAGAGUCGCACGACUCGGGUUUCUCAGAUCGUGGUCCCGCUCGGUUUCCAUCCCCCGACCAUACUCCCACGCAACUUCAGCACCCCAGGAUGUCGACGUUAGGAAAGGGCUCGAGCGCCAUGGUCUAUGGUAUCGUCCAGUAUGACUUUCAGGCAGAGCGACCGGAUGAACUCGACGCGAAAGCAGGGGAAGCGAUUAUUGUCAUCGCCCAAUCCAACCCGGAGUGGUUCGUCGCAAAACCUAUCGGUCGUCUGGGUGGUCCCGGGUUGAUCCCCGUCUCCUUCAUCGAACUUCGGGACAUGCAAACCGGUCAAGCGGUAACCGAUCCUUUAGAGGCAGUCAAGCGGGCCGGUGUACCAAGGGUCGAAGAAUGGAAGAAAAUGACGGCAGAAUACAAGAACAGCAGCAUCACCCUCGGCAAGAUUGACUCGGCCGCAGCAACAAUGCAGUCCGUGACCUCUGGAGUUGAGAAGAUGUCCAUGGGGCGCAACAGCGCCGGCCACGCAAGCCAAAAUGGGACUGCCUACGGCUAUCAUAAUCGGAACGCGAGCAAAGCGUCCCUACCUCAACACCUGUCGCAGCCGCCGAUGCAGAAUCACCAUCAGCCUCUGGUCGCUCCGGUAGCCGCAUCCAUUCCCCGGUACUGCUUCGAUAACGACAAGUAUUGGUAUAUUAUUGAGGCCAAGAUGGAGGACGGCCGCUGCUGGGAGUUGUCCCGUUAUUAUCAUGACUUCUAUGAUUUUCAGAUUGCGCUUCUGACCCAAUUCGAGGAGGAGGCCGGAAAUCGAGGCAAGCCGCGCACAUUGCCGUUUAUGCCCGGACCUGUGACGCAUGUCACCGACGCGAUCUCCAACGGCCGCCGCCAGAACCUGGACGAAUACAUAAAGAAGCUCCUGGCCAUGCCUCCUCAUAUCUCCCGCUGCCAACUGGUCCGUCAGCUUUUCGCACCUCGCCCAGGUGACUUUGAAAUUGACCCGAGCGCGUUUGGAGAAGAUGCUCGGUACUCCGGUGGCUCACACCAUUCCUCCACGCAGGAGGCAUCGCGCAGCGCCUCCCGCCAGUCAUCUCAGGCUCAGAUGAGCUCGCACCCCGACCGAACUUCGCACCAGCGCAGUCAGCCAUCCAUCUCGCAUCCGGCUGACAGACCAGCGGCGAUGAACCGACAGGCCAGCUCUCUCACCCAAGUGUCGACAGCCUCAAGCGGGGGCGCCAUGAAAGUCAAGGUAUUCUUCCAGGACGACUUGAUUGCCAUUCGUGUCCCUAGCGACAUCAGUUACCAGCAGCUCCGGGAGAAGCUCUUAGAUCGUCUCAAGGUCAAUGAGGAAAUCGUGGUGCAAUAUAAGGACGAACCAUCCGGCGCGUACAUGGACCUGAACAACGACAGUGACCUUGACACCGCCAUUCAGCGGAAUUCCAAGCUCACCCUAUACGUCGGGCUUGCAUAA